UACCAAAUUUUGUACCCGCCACUUUGGCAACUUUCACCAACCAAAUUUAUUUGCGGAUACAUUUUAUAAAAACCCACUCACACAUUUGUAGAAUUUACAAAUUGCAAUACAGUUUCAUUCUCAAUCAAAGAUCCAAAUUAAGAUAAAAUGGCAAUUAUUUCUCCCGACCCUUCCAUGCAAGAUCUGAAGAUCACAUUCCAAGAGUCAACACUUGUGUUUCCCUCACAACAAACUCAGAAAAAAUCCUUAUUCUUGUCUAACAUAGACCAAUUCCUCAAUUUCAAUGUCCAAACAGCCCACUUCUUCAAGGCCAAUCCACAUUUCCCACCUGAAAUCGCUGCCAAACGGCUCAAAAUGGCUCUAGAAAAGGUCCUCGUGCCAUACGAUUUUAUGGCUGGAAGACUCAACUGGAACCACCACUUGGACCGCUUCAAGAUCGACUGCAAUGCAGCCGGAGCUGGCUUUGUGGUGGCUUCUUCCGAAUUCUCGCUGGAUGAGUUAGGGGAUUUGUUUCGCCCCAACCUAGGAUUCCGUCAGCUUGCUGUUGAAAAACUGCGUAAUUUGGACGACGAUAAGCAACCGCUUUGUGUUUUUCAGGUAACGGCGUUUAAGUGUGGUGGUUUUGCAAUCGGAGUGUCGUUAAAUCACAUGUUAUUCGACGGCUUGGCUGCAAUCAUGUUCCAGCAGAAUCUAGCAUCGCUAGCAUUUGAUGACGUGGAUAACAAACCCCUGGCGUUAAUCCCCUGCCACGACCGCCGCCUCCUCGCCGCCAGAUCGCCGCCGCUCGUCACGUUCCAACACCCCGAAUUUCUGAAGCUCGACCGCCGCCCCUUCCUCAGCCCUCCUCCGGUGAGCGACGACUCCGAAGAACAAUUGGACUUCAGACUCCUCAAAUUGAGCUCAAGAGACCUCAACUUUCUGAAAAUGAAGGCAAACGAAGCAGCAGCGGAAGAUGGUAAAUCAACUACCACCGCCAUAAAAGCCACGACCUUCAACGUGGCGGCGGCGCUCGUGUGGCGGUGCAGAGCUCUGUCGGCGCACGAUUUCGAUCACAACAAAGAUAGGGUUUCCACCAUCCUCUACGUCGUGGAUCUGAGAUCGAGGCUGAAUCCGCCGCUGCCGGCGGGAUACAGCGGCAACGCACUGCUGGUGGCGUACGCGUCGGCGAAGUGCGAAGACAUCGAGAAAUGGCCGUUUCGGAAGAUGGUGGAAAUGAUUUCGCAAGGGGUGACGAGAAUCAGCGACGAAUACGUGAAAUCUGUCACAGAUUUUCUGGAAAUCAACAAAGGGAUGAUCCCUCGUGGAGAUUGCAUAGUGAGUUCGUGGCUGAGAUUGGGGUACGAUCAGGUGGAAUUCCCAUGGGGUAAGCCCGUUUGCUGUACCCCUGUGGUCAACAAAUUAGAGCGUAUUUUUUGGAUUUUCCCUGACGUUGACUCUGACGGAGUUAACGUUUUAGUCCAACGGCCUGCCGCAGAGAUGGAGACAUUCCAAUUCCAUUUUCAUAACUUCUUUGCACAUAAUAAUAUAUAAUUUUGAUGAUUAAAUUUAAAACUUGUAUUAAUUAAUCAAAAAAAAAAAGUAAGUUACAGAAAACCCCAUAUGACACAAGAAUUCAAAUCAAAAGAGAAAAGU